AAAAAGUCAAGGGGUCUGAAUACUUUCAGAAUGCACUGUAUGUAUAUCAAUAUUCUAAAGUUGAUAUGAUGAAUAUUGAUACUAUUAGCUAUAAAGUUACCUCAUGAAUGGCUACUUUGUAACCGACUGUCCCAACGACUUCUCUUGGGUGGAUUCUUCUUCUCCUCACCCGACACUCCGUAACCUAGCAACGCGGAAGCAAGUGGAACCAAGAUGUUCCUCCGUGGAACAACGCUUUGCCGAUUGAAAUGGGGCCGCAUGAAGCAGCAGUGGUGACUGGGGAAAACAUUCUCUACCCUUCCUUAAUCAGUUCUCAGAAAAUACAUGUAAUAGUUUAAGGUAAAAAGGAAAUAAGCAGUAACCAUGGGAAGAUGCUUGCUUAUUAUUUGCUAGGUUUAAUUGUCAGCUAAUGAAUGAGUCAAUAUUCGAUUAUAAGCAAUUUCAUGCUAGUGUUGCGUUGGACUUAGUUUGGACGAGACAUUUUGUGCAUAUGCCCGCUGCCAGCCCCUGUAUUUAUUUAGCACAUCUGAUAUCAUGGAUUGUAUAACCUUGGGUCGAGAAUCUAAUGACCAGCAGCCAACCUGUGACCCCGAGGAAGAUGCCAUGGAUGUGGGGAUGCACACCUUCAACCACACCCAUAUGAGAAAGGCAUUUCAGCUGAUGAAUGACAUGAGGAGUAAGAAUAUGCUGUGCGACGUUCUGUUGGUGGCAGGAAAUGUAGAGGUGACAGCUCACAAGUUGGUGCUAGCCUCCUGCAGCCCCUACUUCUGUGCCAUGUUCACAGGGGACAUGAGUGAGAGCAAAGCCCAGCAGGUGGAGAUCAGGGAUGUGGAUGGCCAAACACUAAAAAAACUGGUGGACUAUAUCUAUACAGCUAUGAUUGAAGUAACGGAGGACAACGUUCAGGUGCUCCUGCCUGCAGCCAGCCUCCUGCAGCUGAUGGACGUGAGGCAGGUGUGCUGCGAGUUCCUGCAGAGCCAGCUGCACCCCACCAACUGUCUGGGCAUUCAAGCCUUCGCCGACCUCCACACCUGCACACAGCUCCUCAACCAGUCCCAUGCCUACUCUGAGCAGCAUUUUUCCGAGGUGAUGCUGGGAGAGGAGUUCAUGGGCCUGUCUCUGCAGCAUGUGUGCGGUCUCAUAUCCAGCGACAAACUCACCGUGUCCACAGAGGAGAAGGUAUUUGAGGCCAUUGUUGCAUGGAUAAAGCAUGACAAGGAGGCUCGUCUGGAGCACAUGCCAAAGCUGAUGGAGCACGUUCGUCUGCCACUACUGUCCAGAGAUUACCUAGUACAGAUAGUGGAGAAGGAGGCCUUGAUCAAGAACAACAACUCCUGUAAGGACUUCCUGAUCGAGGCCAUGAAGUACCACCUCCUACCCGCUGACCAGCGCCACCUCAUCAAGACCGACCGGACACGCCCACGCACGCCUAUCAGCAUGCCCAAGGUGAUGAUAGUGGUGGGUGGGCAGGCUCCUAAGGCCAUCCGUAGUGUGGAGUGCUAUGACUUCCAGGAGGACCGCUGGUACCAGGUGGCUGACCUGCCGUCCAGACGCUGUCGAGCAGGUGUGGUGUUCAUGGCAGGGAGGGUGUACGCUGUGGGAGGCUUCAAUGGCUCGUUGCGGGUCAGGACGGUGGACAUGUACGACGGGAUGAGAGACCAGUGGACCACAGUUCCCAGCAUGCAAGAGCGGCGCAGCACUCUGGGUGCAGCCGUGCUGGGGGACCUGCUCUACGCUGUGGGGGGCUUCGACGGGAGCACAGGCCUGUCGUCAGUGGAGACCUACAGCUAUAAGACCAAUGAGUGGAUGUUUGUUGCUCCCAUGAACACGAGACGCAGUAGUGUCGGAGUGGGAGUGGUGGACGGGAAGCUGUAUGCGGUGGGUGGCUACGACGGGGCGUCACGGCAGUGUCUCAGCACGGUGGAGGAGUACAACCCAGUCAGUAACCAGUGGGGCUACAUGGCUGACAUGAGCACCAGACGCAGCGGAGCAGGUGUUGGGGUGCUAAGUGGGCAGCUGUAUGCAGCAGGGGGUCAUGAUGGGCCCCUGGUGAGGAAGAGUGUGGAGGUGUACGACCCACCUAGUAACACCUGGAGACAGGUGUGUGACAUGAACAUGUGUCGGAGGAACGCUGGUGUGUGUGCUAUAAACGGACUGCUGUAUGUGAUUGGAGGAGACGACGGCUCUUGUAACCUCUCCUCAGUGGAGUAUUACAACCCUGCCACAGACAAGUGGAGCCUCAUACCCACCAAUAUGAGAAACGGCCGAAGCUAUGCAGGUGUAUCCGUUAUAGACAAGCCUUUAUGACUAUCAGGCCCCGACGGCAGCAGAACCCCACAGCCACAGGUAGCAAUCAAAGGGAGCCACACAGACGUCUGAUUUCACAGUCAACUCCAUGGAGUAACACUAGCUUGACGGGUGGCUCAGGAGGGAGGGAGACCCCAGCCCGGACAGUGCUCUGCGGAGCUGCAGUCUCAGCCCUGUAACUGUAACUGCAUUCCUUCCAGGCAGAGUGGACUUGAGAGAGACAUUGGUUUCCAUGGUCAAAAUGACCCCAAGACUCAACAAAUCUGCCUGGAUCAGAGUGUCUUAAGACUGGAGGGGGCCUGUUUUCCUUCAGCCUCACAGGGGGCCAUUUAGCUACAUUAGUAUUAGGAGGGCCUCACUCCCCUCGGACUUGUUACAACUGAUCAGAGGGGGAAAUAAACUGGCCUUGUUUUAAGGGAUGGACUAAAUGAGCUAGGACCAAGAAGAAGGUUGUUGAUUGGCCUGGGAAACUAGACUGCAGUCAGUCUGCAGCGUGGGACUGUGACCGUGCAGACACACAUUGUGCUAACACGGGCCUCUCAAACCAACAAUGAGCUCUGGCAGUGUUGUAGUACUUGAGUCUGACUCAAGUCCUGAUUAUUUUGUUGUAUUUUUUUGUGUAUUUUUUUUUGUAUUUGCACUUGGACUGGAUAGGCUACAAUAAUAAGGAGAAUAUUAGCAGCACUGGGUGCGCAGAGCAUCGAGGGUUCUGUUCUCUAGCAGUGGGAAGGACGUGCCACACACAGCCUACAUCAGCUGGUGAGUUGCGGGGGAGCAAGACCGGAAGGCAGGCGCCGCCUCCAAUCAUUGGCCGCUACACAUCGCGCAAGCAACUUUCUUGUUUCCCCAUAACCAUUAGUCACCAGCUUACUAUUUAGCUUUGCCUGGUUUUUGGUUUUUGAAAUGUAAAACAGUACUAUGGUUGAGUUUAAUAGUUAAACAACAUUGUAGCUUUUUGUCUCUCUCUCUCUACCCUGAGGAUAGAGAAGUAAGUUGUCUUUGAAUUUGUCGUCUCGCUCUAGCCGCCCACUUCCCCCCCUGCAUUCCAUCGCCAGGGAUGUAUUCAUUACGGAAACUGUUUACUGUUUAAGAACCAGGGAUGUAUUCAUUACGGAAACUGUUUACUGUUUAAGAACCAGGGGUGUAUUCAUUACGGAAACUGUUUACUGUUUAAGAACCAGGGGUGUAUUCGUUACGGAAACUGUUUACUGUUUAAGAACCAGGGGUGUAUUCAUUACGGAAACCACUUACAGUUUAAGAACCAAACAGAGAAAAGGAAACUGGGAGGGAAGUACCUGAAUUUGUCCAAUAGAAACUCUUGUUUGCGGUGUCCGUUUGGAGUAAAUGAUUUGGAAAACCGAUUCUGUUGCAAAACUUUAAUGGUUAUAGCCCUGGUUCUGACAAGUCUCCCUUUAGUUUUCAUUCUGCAAUAAAAAACCUAAUCAAAUGUCAGUGGGCGGUAGCUGAGAGCCUGACUUAAUUUAUGUAGUAAAUAAGUAGUGAAACACAAGUAUAGAGUAGAACUUGUGAGGUAGUGAUGAUUAGUAAGUGAGGUUUUUUUCUUCAUGGGGGAGUGGUGAUAAUCAGCCAUUUGGUGGCAACUAGAAACAAUGGCUUAAUAAGACCUAUUAUAAAUUGAUGGACUAGUGACUUGUCUCAUGACUUGACUCGGACUUCAGCCAUAGGGACUCGUGACUUGACUCGGACUCGAGCACAGGGGACUUGGGACUCGAGGUUUAGUGACUCGACCACUGAUGUAGAAAUGCCCUGAUGAUCAGGUCAGACUCUCUGUUCUCGAUUGGAGACCUAUGGACUGCAGGACUGCGGCACUAUGGUCACUACCAAGGUGAAACCAACAGGCUUUCACUGUCUGCAGCCUGAUUGGGCGCUCCCUUUUUAAUAUCACCUGUGCUACUGGUCUGAAGAACUCAGCAGGCAGACUGGAGGACCAACCUGGACAAGCAUUUACCACGAGCCACAUGCCUCAAAUAUAAUUUCCAAUUUUAAAUCGAUAUUGUAUUUUUUCUCAUAUUUGAAUUGGCUGCAAUGGGGCACCAUGUUAAUGUAGUGUUUUAAAUGCACUGUAAAGACAACUGCAAAGUGAUACCCAAGAUACACUCAGUCUUAACUUGGCGCUCUCUAUGUGCCAUACUGUUUUCAUAAUGUGUCUGGAGGUUUGUUCACAAACCUUGUCUCUCUCUGAAGGAGAAGUGCCAAAUUGAUGCAAAAACAACGUUAGACAAUGAACACCGUGUGUAAGAAUGAAUGCAUUAUCACCUUUUUGUUUUGUAUUAAGCUAAUUUACUGUAACAUGAGCAAAAUACUACUGUACAACUUCUGGAUCAGGGCCAAUAAUUCUGGUUAACAUUAUUUCAAGCUCAGAACAUAUUUUACCAGGGUUGGGUUAAAUUCCAUUUCAAUUAAAUGUUCUCUUUUUGAAUAAUAAUGAAUCUCUUGACUUGAAGUGGAGUUGACCCCUACUGUCUUUUUCUACGCCUAGCCUAAACUGUCAUUUUUUUCACUGAGAUUCUGGUAUUUUAAAUUAUUCUAUAUACUGCACAAUCUGUAGGUUUACUAUGGUUAGCCACCCCAGAGCAAUGUUGAAAUAUGCAGGACAUAGGCAACUUGUAUAAUGUUAAGUAUAUUCAUUAUUUUAUCAAGGUCAGUGAAAUAUUUUCUAAGGUUUAUUGUGGAUAUUAAAUGAUAGUACCACCUUUUAGAAUUCUCUUGAGCAUCAGUCCUCUGUUCAGGGAGUGGUUCCAUUUGGGUACAUGGUUACUGUGGUUCCAUUUGGGUACAUGGUUACGGUGGUUCCAUUUGGGUACAUGGUUACGGUGGUUCCAUUUGGGUACAUGGUUACGGGGGCACCAUUUGGGUACAUGGUUACGGUGGUUCCAUUUGGGUACAUGGUUACGGGGGUUCCAUUACUGUACAUGGUUACGGUGGUUCCAUUUGGGUACAUGGUUACGGGGGUUCCAUUACUGUACAUGGUUACGGUGGUUCUAUUUGGAAACGUGGUUAUGGUGGUUCUAUUUGGAAACGUGGUUAUGGUGGUUCCAUUUUUAAUUUUAAUUUCUAGAACAUCUGACUCUCUUCAUAGAACCAAGGUCCCUUCCAAAUCACCAUGAGCAGUUUUACUUUACACUUUCAAUGCUACUGAAACGAACCUGGCUUUUUAUUAACUUGGACUAUGCAGCUGACUGUGAGCCACCAUUGUAAGAUGUGGAUUGGUAGGAGGUGUGUGUGUGUGAGACUCAGACUGGGAGUGUAUGAGGAUGACAUCUGUAGUUGUCAGUAACUUUAUUAGUGAAUGCCAUCAGCUCAGCAGCCAUGUUUGUGGCCUUGUACAUUACAUUUCAAGCCACUUGUCAUAUGGAAUGUAGGGCUACUUUCUGUAUUGGUGGGAAUAGUAAUACACCAUAUAUUAUUACUAGCUAUCUACAGCAUGUCACUGACAAUCCUAGACUGAGCAUGGUCACAGGGGGAAGAUCUCAAUUGCAUACUCCGUGUCCUCUCGCCUUGUCUCCUUCUCAAAACCCAUUGGAUGAGAAAGUCAUAGGACCCUCCCCUCUGACCUUCUCAUCCAAUGGGAUUUGGAGUAUGGAGUAUGCAAUUGAGAUCUUCCCAGGGUCCCUCUGGAGAGGUGUGGUCAGAGGUCAGAGCUGGACCACUCAGGGACCUGCACUGAGCCUGCAUAACAACACCCAUGGUCUGUAAACCCAGGCUGGUGUCCAAAACCCUGUAUGGCCUUACUGCGUCCAUUCCACCCAACCUGUCCUCAUAUCUUCAGCUGCUCGGUUUAUGACCAAUAAAAAUGGCCUUGCAUUUUAA